AUGGCCAGACUUGCAGUGAAACUUUCAAUCUGAUUGAUGAUCUUUCUAUAAAUGCUUCACUGGCUACCUCCUGCAUACGAUGCAUAGUAGGUGGACAGUUCGCAACCGAUGUACAGUGGAUUGCUCAAACUGAUAUGGUUCUUACUGACGGAACGAAUGGAGUUACUAUAGUGAAUGGUACCUUGGUAAUCAAUGAUACUGAUGCUUUCUUUCUUCUGGGAAUACCUGUCUCCCUUCAAUGCGGCGGCGGCGUUGAUUCCAUUUAUCUGGCUGGCUUUUUUGCACCAAUUGUUAGUUUCCCAAAUAAUGGGGUAGUCCUCGAGGGAGGAGAUAUAAGGCUCAGCUGUGUAUCGACCACCAACCGACCAGGGACAUUCCAGUUCCAGUGGUACAAUCCAGCCGGGGAACCAUUUUCUACAUUUCAAGCACCAGAGCUAACAAACGUACAAAGAGACCAAGCUGGAAUAUAUACUUGUCGACUGACUAGCAAUCAUAAUGAACAUUUUCUUGAAGACUCUGAAACUUUGAUUGUUAACUCACCCUCACCGCCCACUGUUUCCGGUCCUACCGGACAAAUCUUUGCUGGUGAGACAACACAACUCAACUGUUCCUCCAGUGUCAGUAAUGUCCUUACUCUACGCUGGGUGCGUGUUGGUCGACUCACUCUGCCCUCAUCUGCCACUCAAGUUGGCAAUAACCUUGUCUUCACCAACCCACUAUCUACGUAUACAGGGACCUACUCUUGCACUUUAACUCCUGGCGUGAGUGAAAAUAUCACCAUCAGCUUCCUCACACCAUCUACAGAAGGAGGUGUCGUUAACGAAGUGGUAAUUGCUGUAUCUGUGGUUGGAGUUAUUGGAGUCAUAGUGAUCAUACUAGUCUUUUUUGUGAUACUGUUGGUUUAUAAGAGACGAAAACUUUCUUAUUCCGAUGACCAAACAAAUCCCGCAUAUGGUAUGUCUGUUGGACAAGCUCCUAAUGAUGCGGUCAGCAUCCAAUCAAGUGAAUAUGAACAUAAUCGAGAUUACAAAAAUAUUGAUCCUGACAACAACAACUACAACAGUGAAGGUAAAGCAGUUGUGGUAUCAAAUAAUGCAGCGUAAGAUCUAGAGUAAAAUUGUAAUUUUGUAGAACCCAAAAAUAACUGUGCAUAUAUAAAGUCUCUUAACUGCUUAUACCAUAGUCUUUUUUGCAAGU